AUGAUUCCUCUACUGAAGAAAAUGGAAAGCGGGACUUUUCAUAUCGAAGAAGUCACUGGAUUUCUCGUCAAAAACCCAAAAGAACUGCUGCCACCCUAUUUCGAAGAAUGGAAUGAACUGGCAUCGAAAAUGACUGAAUUAGUAAAAGUGAAUGAGUUUCGCAAAAGAGUUGAUAAGAUGUCUCAUCUUGAUCACCAGAAACUAAAUGGUUACCGUGAAAAGCGCUUGGCUCACCUUCAACUAUCAAUAAUUGGCGCAGGAUAUAUAUGGCAAGAUGGAGACAAAGGAGUUCCCCGUAAAAUUCCUAAGUGCCUGGCUGUACCUUGGUACAGAUUAUCCGAAGAAUUAGGAAUGAAACCUGUCUUGUCUCAUGCUGAUCUUAUUCUAGCGAAUUGGAAGAAGAAAGACGAAAAUGGACCACUGGAACUUGACAACCUCAAAUGUAUAUAUAAUGUGGCUGAUGGCGAAGGUCCUGAAUGGUUCGUGACUGUGACUGUUCAAAUUGAGAUUGAAUUCUAUCAAGCCUUAAUAAAUAUCAUCCACGGCAUUGAAGCUGUUAUUGACAAUGACGUCAUUCGCCUAUGCAAUUGUCUGAAGAAAGUUGAAGAAGCAGGGAACAAAAUGUUUGAAGUCUUGAAGCGUAUGAAUGAAAAACUGACACCCGAUUGUUUUUACUACGCAAUGCGUCCCUUCCUGGCCGGGUGGGGUACUGAGGGUAGCGCCAUACCCGACGGGCUGAUUUACGAAGGAAUUUCUGAAGAACCACAGAAGAUGAUUGGAGGAAGUGCAGGACAAAGUUCCACAAUUCAAACAUUGGAUGUUGGCCUCGGAGUUGAACAUAACGACGAUAAACAAAAUUUCCUUGAAACAAUGAGGAACUACAUGCCAAAGGCUCACAAGGAAUUCAUUGAAACACUCCAAAAAUCACCUUCCAUUCGAAAAUUUGUAACGGAAAAAAAUAAUCCAGAGUUAACAGAAGUUUACAAUAAAUGCUUGAAGAAUUUGGAGCAAUUUAGAAGUUGCCACAUUCAAAUUGUAUGCAGCUUGCCCAUCCAUAUCUAUCUAUGUUUAUUCAUAUCUAUCUAUCUAUCUAUCUAUCUAUCUAUCUAUCUAUCUAUCUAUCUAUCUAUCUAUCUAUCUCUUUCUCUCUCUCUCUAUAUAUAUAUAUAUAUAUAUAUAUAUAAAAGUUUACUCAUAUCUAUCUAUCUGUAUAUGUUUAUUCAUAUCUAUCUAUCUAUCAAUCUAUCUAUCUAUGUUUACUUAUAUCCAUUCAUCUAUCUAUAUAUGUUUACUCCUAUCUAUCUAUCUAUCUAUCUUGUAACAACAACAAACGUUUUCUUGCGUAGUGUGUUCUCGCCUAAUCGGAUGGCCAACGGCUGUCAGUACAUUGUGAAUAAAGCAAAAGAAAAACAAAAAACAGAUUACGCAAGCCUGGAAGAAAGGGGAACGGGCGGAUCUGAUCUUAUUCCAUUCCUGAAAGGAAUUCGCCAGACGACUAAAGAUGCACAAAUCUGA